AUGGCAAUAAAAAAAUUAAAACUCGCAUGGGUAGAGAAUGAGAAAUCAAGAGAGGAGAAAUUGAAGAAAAAGAGGGUAGGGUUAAUGAAAAAGGUAAAAGAACUUAUGAUAUUGUGUGAUGUAAUGGCGUGCAUUAUCAUGUUCAGCCCUAAGGAGGUUGAGCCAAUGGUGUGGCCGUCUGUUGAGAAGGCUCAUGGUCUCCUCGAAAUUUUCUUUUCCUUACCGGAGAUCAAAAAUAAGAAAAAAGAGAUGAAUCUUGAGUCAUACCUGAAAGAAAAGAAAGAGAAGGUUCACGAGCAAUUCUUGAAGAGUAAUAAGAAGCACAUGGGUUACGUCAUUGAUCAGCUGAUGGUGCAACUGCAUCGUGGUCGAAGAAUUGAUGAUCUUGACUUAAGUGAGAUUUUCGCGUUGAUAUCUUUCUCAAGGGAUGAUAUCAUACUUCGCAGGAAAGAGCUAAAAUUUGUGCAAUAUUCUCCUCUUCGCUAUCCACCGAUUCUUCCAUUUGAGGCACAUUUCAAGGAACCCAGGAACACCAGAUAUGAUGAGAGAUCUUGGAAGACUGAUGAAGAAACAAAAAUAAUUAGCAUUGAUCCUUUAACGCCUAAGCCAAGAAACGACCAAGAGAUCAGGAUGGGUAUGAUAUCUCACAACAAAAACCAUGACCAUGUUCUAUACCAAGGAAACAAUAGCAACGAAAACCCUGAUUUGGAUAUAGCCCCAGUUGGGUCCCCAAUGUUGACCUUUCAUGGUUUUGAUGGGCCAAUCUCUCAACAGUUAAAAGAUCAUGCCAUGCUUGAUAAUCCUACUAUGUCUAUGAGGCAACCAAGGCAACACCUUUCUGAUUUCAUGAGCCAUGAGUUUGGAGUAAAUGGAGGAAGCACUGUUAGCAUCGACGAUUCAUAA